UUUAUCCCUCUUUCCUUCGCUAUGAAAAUUAUUUAGAGAAAUUCGACAAACGACUGCCAGCUCAAGUUAAUUAUCAAAUUAAGAUGUCAAUACAUGUUGUAUGUUAAAGAAAUUCAAAGUAAAGUGUGUGUUGGUUUCGACUCAUUUAUCACCUCGGGAUUAUAGUAGUUGGCAGGGCCGUCCACCUCCUCCUCCGAGCUGCUGCUUCUGGGAUAACUUUGGAGAAGUUCUUUGUAUUCGGGGGAGUCACACAGCUUGGUCAACAAGCUGAACAUGGACUGGGGCACAGAGCUUUGGGAUCAAUAUGACAUCAUUGAGAAACACACACAGUCUGGCCUGGAGCUGGUGGAGAAGUAUGUGAAGUUUGUAAAAGAGAGGACAGAGAUUGAGCAAAACUAUGCCAAACAACUGAGGAACCUUUCAAAGAAAUAUAACCUCAAACGAACCAGCAAAGAUGAACCAGAGUGCAGGUUGUCCAGCUACCAGUCGUUUUUGGACAUCCUGAACGAGAUGAACGACUACGCGGGGCAGCGAGAGCUUAUCGCUGAGAACAUGAUGAUGAACAUUUGCAUCGACCUCACCAAGUACCUGCAAGAGAUCAAGCAGGAGAGAAAGAUGUAUCUGAUGGAGGCCAAGAAGGCUCAGCAGAGUCUGGAGAGCACCUACAAGCAGCUCGACAGUAGUAAAAAGCGCUUUGAGAGGGAGUGGAGAGAAGCAGAGCGGGCAGCAUUGUAUGCUGAGAAGACUGAUCAAGACAUCAAUGCCACAAAGGCAGACGUUGAAAAAGCUAAACAGCAGGCUCAUAUGAGGGCACACAUAGCGGAGGACUGUAAGAACGACUACGCUGCUCAGCUUCAGAAGUACAACAAGGAGCAGAACCAGUUUUAUUUUAAUGAUAUGCCGCUUGUAUUUAAUAAAUUGCAGGAUCUGGAUGAGAGACGAGUACGGAAGUUGGCUCAAGGCUACAUCUUGUUCUCGGAUACAGAGAAGCAUGUGAUGCCAAUCAUUGGCAAGUGCCUGGAAGGCAUUACUAAAGCCGGCACUAACGUUAAUGAGAGGAAUGACUCCAUGGUUGUAAUAGAGCAGAACAAGUCCGGUUUUGAACGUCCUGUGGAUUUGGAGUUUGAAGAUUACAGUCAAGGCAUCAACAGAGCUUCAUCCGACAGCAGCCUAGGCACACCCAAAGGCCCCUUGGAGCUUCUGUCAAAGAACAGGAGCAAAAACUUCUGGCUUUUCAGCAAAAGGAGUAAGCUCUCCCCCUCCAUGCUUCCACCUUUUUCCACACCCCCUGCUCCCUCGCCUGCUAACGGACCCCCUUCCCCAAAGUUUGGCCGGGACCCCCUGUCGUACUGUUUGAAGGAGAUCAAUAAGACAGUCAAACCCAGAAUCUCUUCCUUCCGGACACUCAGGAGAUCGAAAUUUACUCCAGAGAGAAUCCUGCCGACGGUGACAGAGGAUUUCGGCCAUCUUCCUCCAGAGCAGCGCAGGAAGAGGUUACAACAGAGACUAGAGGAAAUUUGCAAAGAACUGCAGAAGGAAGUGGAUCAGAGCGAGGCCCUGGGGAAGAUGAAAGAUGUUUAUGAGAAAAAUCCUCAGAUGGGAGACCCUGCUAGUUUGGCAUCUCAGAUCAACCAGACGUCGCAAAAUAUAGAGAGGCUCAGAGGAGAGCUUAACAAGUACGAGGUAACCCCAACCUCUGUUUUCUGUCAGUCUGAUGAGACAUGGUUAGCUGAGGCAGGAGGUCGAGGGGACACACUGCGAUACAAAACACAUACAUUCAACAACAACGGAGCUCAUGACGCACACAGCCCUGACGGAGCACACUCUGAUGAAAGCACUGCUGAUCCCUCCCAGGCCAUCUACGCCGAGUUCGAUGACGACUUUGAGGACGAGGAGCUAACAGCUCCUAUUGGGAAAUGCACAGCCAUGUACAACUUCCCCGGUGCCAGUGAGGGGACCAUCUCUAUGCAGGAGGGAGAGGUGCUGGCCGUGGUGGAGGAAGACAAAGGGGACGGCUGGACCAGGGUCCGAAGGAGCAAUGGGGAUGAAGGCUACAUACCUACAUCCUACGUCACCAUCGCUCUUAAUGAGUGACACACAUUUUAGAGACAAGAGAAGAAGAAAUGAUCACCUCACCAUACUGGAUGGACGUCUUCCGGUGGGACCAAUCAUAAGGAAGCCAGGGCACUAUGGGCGGGAUCCACUGGUGUAUCCAAAAGGGGAUCCAAAUAAUGUGCCUCAAUUUUUUGAGAGAGGGGCCCCAGGUGGGUGCAGGAAGAGUGCUAACAGUGUGUUCCUUAUGGCUUACAUGACAUUAUUGUAAUCCCAGUUACAGAAGCCAGCUAAAGCACGAGGUUAUUUUACUUUUAAAACACAAUAAUUUUCUGGUUUUAGUUAAAAAAAAGUGUUGCAUGGAUCUUUGGAACCAUGAUGGUACGAGUGCUCAUUCCACAGCCAAAUAAGGCAUUACCUUCCAGGUGUGAGACAUAAAAAGGAAGGAAAAGGAGGAAGAUGAGUGCUGCUGACAUCUUUACACUGAGUGUUCAUACCCCUGAGAAAGUUAACUCUCCUGUUUACCCUUUUCAGCUCAAAUUUGUCCUGCUCUGACCUCCAACAUCACUGAACCUCAAAUUUAUGUCCUGCAGUUCCCAUUUGUCUAAAGCGUGCCACUUUCUGACUUUACUAGCACUUGUGAAGAUUUAAAGCACCACCACUGUGCUCACGGUUGACUUUAAAAUCUUGAGUGUCCCGAGGGAUGUGUGAGGUUUUGUUGGAGACAGCUGUCCCUUCAGGGAAAAUCUCACACACAGAACACAACACUCCAAUGUUCAGACAAUCACAGAAAUAUCAUCAAUAAUUUUAUUCAUUUGUAACUACAGCAGUAAUAAUAAGGAUAUAACAGUAGUUUUUUAUAGUAACAACCUGAAAUUGUACUAAGAAUAAUUUAUUACAAAUGUGUUUUUAUGUGUUUUUUAUAAAUAAAAGUUUCAAGUUUGA